GCAGUUUUUCAAAUGUAGAGAAAAAAUAAGAAAGAAAGUGGGUGGUAGUUAUAAACACGCAUUAAUGACAUCGAACAAAAAAACCUAUAAUAUGGCAUUGUUUUCGCUUACAAGAUUUGAUUCGCAAAGACGCUCUUAGACCAACGCAUAAACAAUGUCCAACGUUGCAGUAAUCGCCGCUAUUCUGAUUGCUGUUUCGCUAACCGGCCACGUGUCAGCUCAAAUCGCUCCAUCUCCUUCGUCAGGAACGUCGGGUGCAGCAGACUGUAUGCCGAAUCUGUUGAACAUGACGGACUGUCUCUCGUACGUUACGGUCGGAAGCGGUGGUGAUCCGGCCAAGCCGGACAAGGCUUGUUGUCCGGAGCUGGCGGGGCUGGUUGAUAGCUCGCCGCAGUGCCUCUGUUACCUCCUCGCUGGAGACAUGGCGGCUCAGUAUGGAAUCAAGAUUGAUAAGGCAAAGGCUCUCAAGCUUCCGGGAGUUUGCGGCGUCGUUACUCCAGAUCCCUCCCUUUGUUCACUGUUUGGAGUUCCCGUUGGAGCACCUGAAGCUAUGGGUAACGAGGAAGCCUCCCCAGCCUUGGCUCCAACUUCAGGUGCGGAAUCACCUGGACGUUUUGCGUCGGGUCCUUCGGCUGGCAGAACGAGCGAUGCACCAAGCAGUGCACCUUAUUAUCUUUUUCUCAAUCUUAUAAUUUCCCCAGUCGCUUUAGCACUAUAUAUCUAUUUCUGAUUUCUUUUUCUUAUUAGCAACACCAUUAUUUGUAUUGUACUUUCUUAAAAAGAGUAUUGUUGCUUUUGUAGGUUUUUUUUGCUGAAUUUAUUACUUUGUGUAUCCAUGGAUUAUCUCUUCAUUCAUUUUAUCGAAUAAAGUUUAUUGUCAUAAAAAUACUGAG